ACUUCAUACCUCGCUAUAUUCGUAGUCGUGUCAGUGUCUACCUCCAAAUCCGCCACCAUGCCUGCUUUUCGGCAAGUGGUGGAAAAGCAGCUUCCAAACCCCAUUCUGUACAUGGCCUGGUCUCCGAAAAGGGAUCUCAUCGCUAUGGCCAAUACUGCUGGCGAGCUGCUGCUGCAUCGCCUAGCCAAUUUUCAGCGUGUGUGGAUUUUGCCACCCAAUGAAAAUACAGGAAAGGAGAUCACUGCUUUGGCCUGGAGACCUGAUGGCAAAAUCCUGGCAUUCAGUCUGGGUGACACUAAACAGGUUGUACUCUGUGAUGCUGAGAAAGCUGAGAUCCUUCACCUGUUUCCUGUGGAUUACACUGUGUCCUGCAUGCACUGGAUGGAGGUGCAGGAGGAUAACAGCACUCUGACCUCAUUCUAUGACUCUGAGGAUGAAUCCAAUUGCUUUCUUCCUAAGUUGCCAACGCUUCCAAAGAGUUACAGUACCACAUCAAAGAUAUUCAGUGAGGAGAAGUCGGAUGAGGUCACAAAUUUGCUUGGAGAAGUCAGACUCAACAUCCUGGUUGUGGGCGGAGCCUCGGGCUGUGUGGAACUCUAUGCGUAUGGUCUGUAUAAGACCGCCACUCUGCGAGAGAUCACAGAAACCUGCCGCAGCCUUUGCCUCUCCAGUGACCUCAAGUCCCUCUCUGUUGUCACGGAGAAAAGAUCUGCUGAAAAUGACCCAGAGAUCCAUUAUGUUCAGCUUGACACCGGGCUGCUCUCCAGCUGUCUCCCUGAGCUAACAAGAAUGGCACGAAAGUUCACACACAUUUUCACACUGCUACAGUACCUGCGUUUGUCUUUGACCUGCAUGUGUGAAGCCUGGGAAGACAUCCUCAUGCAGAUGGACCUACGGCUCACCAAGUUUGUCCAGGAGAAAAACACAAGCACUCAGGUGCAGGAUGAGUUUCUGGAGCUCCUGCUUUGGGGUCAUGCGAGCCCUGAGCUUCAAGCUCUUCUCAUGAACCAGCUCACAGUCAAGGGUCUGAAAAUGUUGGGUCAGUCUAUAGAGUCAUCCUACUCCAGCAUUCAGAAACUGGUCAUCAGUCACUUACAGAGCGGUUCAGAGGCUUUGUUGUAUCACUUGAGUGAAGUGAAAGGGAUGGCGCUAUGGAAACAGAAAUUUCAGCCGCUGGGUCUGGAUCCUGCAGCUAUAGAAGAUGCCAUCACAGCUGUAGGUUCCUUUACAUUAAAGGCCAGUGAGCUCUUACAAGUCAUUGAUAAGAGCAUGAAGAAUUUUAAAGCCUUUUUUAGAUGGCUGUAUGUAGCUAUGCUUCGUAUGUCAGACGACCACGUCCCUCCUGAACUGAACAAGAUGACCCAGAAGGACCUGGCCUUCGUGGCAGAUUUUCUCUCAGAGCAUUUCAGUGCUAAUGAGGAGCUGUUUGAUCGAAAAGGGAAGUAUUUCAACGUUGAAAGGGUUGGACAGUAUCUGAAAGAUGAAGAUGAAGACCUGGUGUCGCCACCCAACAUGGAGGGCAACCAAUGGGUGACCUUUGUUCAGGGUAGCACUCAUUUAAAAGAGAGUCCUCUACUGUUUCCCACAUACCCUCAGAAGUCUCUGCACUUUGUAAAGAGGAUGAUGGAGGGCAUGAUUGAGAGAUGUCUACAGAAACCAGCAGAGGUGAUUGGGAGAUCAGUGAAGCAGGCUGUGUGUUUGCCCCUCUAUACGGUGCCCGAGAGCUCAGAGAAUACCCCCAGGCUGUUUGAGUUACCGUCACUAUGGAAUGAUAAGAAAGCUAGAAUGCACUACGUGGUGUUCUGCAUGCCAGAGAUAUCGCCCUCCAAGAUCUACAUCCUAAGGAGAGGAACCGACCCCAGCAGGUGUGUUCCCAAUGGUCUGGUUGCUAUUGACCUGAGCUGUACUCUGAAUACCAGUAUUGACGACGAGGCCCCUGCCGCUGAGCCUCCCGGUGACGGCACAUACAGUUGCCUUGACGCUCGUCUCUAUGACGACGAGACAUUAACAGUAAUUCUCAGAGGACAGGAAGAGGAUGAGAGCAGAGGGCGUGUCCUUGCUCAGCUUAACCUGACCUCUGCUCUCAGCUGUGAGGAAGAGUUCACCUGGGAUCCCACCCUCAGGUUGGACCAACAGAGCGGUGCCAUCCCUGCCCAGGGCCUGGUCUGGGGGAACCAGUGGAGGGACCUAGAGAAUAUGAAGGCCCAGUUUGUGGCAGUCAACGGGAUCCGUAAAGUGUCAUGCGUUCUCAGCUCCAACCUGCGGCACAUCCGUGUGUUUGAGAUGGACGUGGAGGACGAGGAAGAGGAGGAACGUGCCGAAGACUCUCAGGAAAUCAGUUUGGAGCAGGAUGGACUCGAUGACACGUUGACCAGUCAGAAAGGGACAAUGAAGGAUGGAGAAGAACAGAUAGAGGAAGAGGAUCAUCAGAGGGUAGAAGAGUCUGGUGAUACUCUAGAGCAGACCUCAGGGUCAGACACGCUGUGA